AUGUCUCAAUACAGCGAUAACAAAUUCGAUACUCAGCAAUACGAUGAUGCUCGUCCUACCUACCCUAAAGGAUUCUACGAUGUGAUUCUAAGCAAAGUAAACUACCGGGAAUUGGCGGUGGAUCUCGGCUGUGGCACCGGCAUUGUCACUUAUGCCAUUGCGCCAUACUUUACAAAGACCAUUGGCACUGAUCCUUCUGAGACUAUGAUCCGCCAAUGUAAGCGGAAACUGGUCGAUAAUGUUGAGUUCUUACAAGGCACGGGGGAACAGUUUCCUGCUGAGAUCGCCCCGGAUUCAGUUGAUUUGAUCACUGCGGGGGAAUGCGCCCAUUGGUUUAAUCACGAGGCAUUCUUUAAGGAGUGUCAUCGAAUGCUCAAACCUGGUGGAACCCUUGCAUUCUGGCUUUAUAAAGAUCCGGUAUUUGAAGAUCCUCGUGCCAAUGCCAUCUAUCAUAAAUACACCUGGGAGUCGUCUUUCGAUCAUAACACGGGUGCUGACUUCGAGCAGUACAUGGGUCCGUACUACCAGCAACCAGGACACGACUAUUUGGGCUCGCUCCUCAAGGAGAAACCGGUACCAGCAGAAUUGUAUACCGAUAUCGAGCGAGUGGAGUAUUUAUUAGACGACCGCCAACGCCCGACGCGGUUGCAAUCGACACCUCUUCGCAUAAAGAAAAACGUCAGCGUACAGUGGUUUUUGGAGUAUGUGAAAAGCUGGAGUGCAUAUCACUCAUGGAUGAAAGACCACGGUGACAAGUAUGACGUUGCCGAAGCCUUCACUAAGGAACUCAUGAGUGCCAUGGGCUGGACACUUGACACUCCCAUCACGCUCGAUUUCGAAACUAUGUAUACCACGGCUCACAAGAAGCCAUAG